UCGAAAAAUCUCGAAUUCCAGAACUGCCCUUCUCCCCACCACUUUCAGGCAAAAGAAUUUCUUUGAUUCUUUCCUUCAUCUGCUGAAAACGAAAAAAAGAAAAGAGUUUCAGUAAUUUCGGGAAAUGGAGCUACCGGUGAUCGAUUUGGCUCCAUAUUUGGAAACCUCGACGAAGUUGAGGUCCGAAUCCGACUGCACGAAUCUGGAUCCGGAAAUGAAAAGCCUCUGCGAAGAAGUCAGUCGGACCCUAAGAGAAACCGGAGCUUUGCUGUUGAAAGACCCGAGAUGCUCUGCAGAAGACAACGAUAAAUUCCUCGAUAUGAUGGAAAAGUAUUUCGAAAAGCCUGAAGAAUUCAAGCGCCUCCAAGAACGGCCUCACCUCCAUUACCAAGUUGGGGUGACUCCAGAAGGAGUUGAAGUACCUCGUAGUCUAGUUGAUGAGGAGAUGCAAGAGAAAUUAAGGGCAAUGCCUAAAGAGUUUCAACCAGCCACUCCCACUGGGCCAGACCCUAAGUGGCGUUACAUGUGGAGGGUUGGGCCCCGGCCACCAAACACAUGCUUUAAGGAGCUAAAUUCGGAGCCUGUCAUACCUGAAGGAUUCCCUGAAUGGAAAGCCACUAUGGAUUCAUGGGGGUAUAAAAUGAUAUCCGCGAUUGAGGCUGUGGCUGAAAUGGCAGCAAUUGGAUUUGGCUUGCAGAAAGAUGCUUUUACUUCUCUCAUGAAGCAGGGACCCCAUCUACUUGCACCAACAGGAAGUGAUCUUCGGCGUCAUGGCCAAGAGGGCACUGUCUUUGCAGGAUACCACUAUGACCUCAACUUCCUUACAAUUCAUGGCAGAAGCAGAUUCCCUGGUCUAAGUAUUUGGCUGAGAAAUGGCCAGAAAAUGGGAGUGAAGGUUCCUGUAGGAUGUCUCCUCAUUCAGACGGGAAAACAGAUAGAGUGGUUGACUGCAGGAGAUUGUAUAGCUGGCAUGCAUGAAGUUGUUGUAAAUAGUAGGACAACUGACGCAAUAAAAGUAGCUAUAAAGCAAAAUCGUAGCCUCUGGAGAGUUUCAUCCACACUAUUUGCACAUAUUGCGUCAGAUGCAGUGUUGAAACCUCUAGGCCACUUUGCUGACUCUCCUCAUGGUGGCAUUUAUCCACCCAUAUGCGCUGGGGAAUUUGUAGAAAAAGAACUUGCGGUAAUCAACCUUAAAGGAAGGAAAGGAGAGCCUUGAGAACUGGUUGGGGGUUGUUGUGUUGGUUUUCCUUGCUGCGUUCCAUUAGCCUUCUGAGAUUGAGGUAAUAAUGGAUGAAUUAACUCUGAACACCUCAAUUGAUUAGGGUUUGGAUCAGGAACUCUGAGACUUGAAUGGUCAUAACUGUUGCUAUUCAAUUGUUUAUUGAUGUUUGUCCAUUUGAGUUAGAGAAUCAAAAGUUCUCCAGUGUUAUUUAAUAAUCCGUCGACAUGAGAUCAGGUCUAUGGCUGCUCUCUUGCUCUGGUUGUUCCUAGGACAAAUAGGCAAACUUUGAGCAUUGCCUCUUGUAUUACUAAUCAGUAUAUUUACUGCUGCACGUGCGUGUCUAAUUCAUGUAAUCGGUGCAAUAUCAACUGCUUAUUAGAACACAA